AGGGAGGGAGGCAGUGGAGGUUGCCACGNCGACGACGCCGGGCUUUCCAGGGAUUUUCGUGGGUGGAGCGUGGUGAUCGAUAGCGGGCCGGUGAGAGGGCUCUCGGCCGACUAAGGGGGUCGUCGCCAAGAGAUCCGAUGUGACGUCGCUGAAUAGGGUGGUGGGCCGUGUAAAGGGGCAGAAUGAGGGGUGGAAGUGGUGACGUCCCUGCCAUGGUCACCGUCCCCGCCUCCGCGUCUCUCAAUGUGAUGACGGGCGACGACAGCAUGAGCGACGACGUGUUCGAAAUGGAAGAAGACACCUCCACGGCGCUUUCCACCGGUCUUACACCUCUGAUGGGUCAACCCACCACGACCCCCUCGCCGACCGGAUAUCGGGACUACAAACCCCCCGCAGAAGUGUUGGACAAGAACUACGGCUACUCGUCCAGAGACUACAACGACAUAAGGAGUAGUUUCAAGAGGGCCAAAGAAGAUGACUCCGCCUUGACGCACAAGACAAUCCUCCUGGGCGACAGUGGCGUGGGCAAGACGUCCCUGCUGGUCCAGUUCGACACUGGAAAAUUUCAACCGGGAAAUUUCGCGGCCACGGUCGGUAUCGGGUUCACGAACAAAGUGGUCGUCGUUGACGAUACGUCUAUCAAGCUUCAAAUAUGGGACACGGCCGGUCAAGAGAGAUUUCGAAGCGUGACGCAUGCCUAUUACAGAGAUGCUCAUGCUCUUUUAUUGCUAUACGACGUGACGAACAAGACGAGUUACGAUAACAUCAGAGCCUGGCUGAGUGAAAUUCGGGAACACGCGAACGAGGAUGUGGUCAUCAUGCUAUUGGGUAACAAGUCGGACUGCGGAACUGAACGAGUGGUGAAGAGGGAAGACGGUGAACGGUUAGCGCAAGAGUACAAAGUUCCCUUUAUGGAAACCUCAGCUAAAACCGGCCUGAACGUUGAAUUGGCCUUCUUGGCCGUUGCUAGAGAAUUGAAGGCGAGGAAAAGCAACGACCCAGACGAUACGAAAUUCAACGUGCAGGACUACGUUCGUCAACAAUCGCAACGAAAUUCAUGCUUCAAUUCUAAUUGCCUGACUACCUGAACUGCGCAAUAACCCUGCGCGUACAUUUCCCUGCGAUAGAUGGAGACGAAUGGUGGAACAUGAACCGGAAUUGGUCAUAAAAAUGGCGCGAAACUAUUUUGAUCGUUCAAAUAUUCGUUUCCGUGAUUUAGAGCGGAAAUCAUUGAAACGUUACAGAUUUUCAUUUUAUUCACGAAGAAAGAUGCAUUUUUCUGUGAACUUGUACAAUUUAUUUAUUACAAUUUUUUUAUUUAAUUUUUUUAUUAUUUAAACAAACCAAUUUUCGAUAAGAGUUCGUAAAAUUAUUGUAUACAAGAGAAAUUAUUUGAAUUGAUAGAAUCGAAGGCAUGAAUUUUAAAAUCUCGAAUAAAAAAUCUCAAAAAGAAUGAAAAUACGUUUUUGUUCCACCAAAAAAAUACAUUUGUUAAGGGAUAAAGAAACAAUAUAGACAAAUAGGAUGUCAAUAUUUUUGAAAGAAACCGAUAGGAAACUCUUGUUGAUGAUACGUGUAUAGAAAUCUAUUUAUCGAUGGUUAAUCCUGUACUGUACAUUAAUGUGAAUAGUUAACGCGAAACAAAAAUCUGCAAUAUAUGAUAUAGAUUUAGGAAAUCUCUUCAUGGUUCUAAUUUGCACACUGAAUAUGAUCGUUACGAUGUUAGAAAAAAGCGAAAAAAAAAGAAGAAAAAGAUUAAAAAAAAUUUUAUCUAAUUUGGUAUCGAGAAAUUAAUGAGAUGUCAUGUGAAAGCUCAUCAUGUACCAAGUAGAUAUACGGUUUUAGACUAACCGUUAUGUAGAAGAGCUUUCCCAAAAUAUACCAUAGCUGCCAUAUAUACAACAUGGUUUACUAAAAACGCUCAAUAUUUUGUUGAAAAGCUUAUUCGCGUAGUUUUUAAAUGUGAAUGAUUGAAAUUUAGUUAAAAAUAUAUGUAUAUGUAUAAAAACAUAUUUAUAAAUCUUUUAAUAUUUAUUUAGACUGAUAAUUGUUUAAAAAAUUUCGUGUAUUUGUAUUUUAUUUUUAAUUUUUAUCUUCUCUCAUUUUGUUUUAUAAUGUGUGCGUGUAAUCGUGUAGUUUUCAUAACGUUCUUGUAACAUUAGUCACGUGACUAACGUCUGAUUUUUAAGAUUUUCUAUCUAAUGGUGAAUAUAUACGAUACGAUACGAUAUUUUCGAUUAACUCAAUUUACAUUUCAAGUUUUUGGAUCUUAUACCUACUAUAUUAUACCUAUUACUUUUACAAUCGCACAAUGAUCAUUUGCAAUCGAUAUUUCGAAAUUGAUAUAGAAUGUUGAACGUUUGAUUUUAUUCAUUUGCGAUUACUGAACAAUUCAUUACGAACACAAGGAAAAAUGGAACGAAAUAUAAUCAUGUAACGUUACCUGCAAUAUAUGUGCAAUGUAUCUUAUCAACAUGUACAAAUGACAAACAGUUACAUGUCAAAUGUAUAUUGAGAAGUAUAUAUAUAUAUAAAAUAAACGACCACUCGACCAA